GCGGCGCGGCGGGGUGUGGGAGGUCCCUAGCAACGCCGGCCCGGAGCUGGUUGCUACGGGAGGGAAGGGAGGAAGCGCUUCCUGCGGCGCUGGGAGGAAUCACUUCCCGGGCGGCGAGGCCUGGCCGCUGGCGCGGGAGAAACUGACUUCUUGAGAGUGUCCAUGAAGGAGGAAGGAGCUUCUGCCAUGGCUGCCGAGCUGGAUUUCUCUCCCCCUGAAGUCCCAGAGCCCACAUUCAUGGAGAACCUGCUGCGCUAUGGACUCUUUUUUGGAGCCAUUUUCCAGCUGAUCUGUGUCCUGGCCAUAAUCCUCCCAAUUUCAAAGUCCCAUAAGACAGACUCUGACAGUUUUGAGUCUAAAAGUUCAGAGGUGGUGAAGAAGCCAAAGGGGGCUGCUCCGCAGCUGAGCAAGAAACCCAAGAAGGAAACCAAGAAAAAGAGAUAAAAGGCCUUGUAAAGGAGCAUUAAAGACAAGUGGACUGCACACAGCCAGAUGGUUAAUUUAACUGUCCUAGUCAGCAUGGAUCAUCUCACCUCCGAUGGGGAGGGAAAGCUUACACUUCACAUCCCAGCCAGCAUGGAGGAGAUGCAAGUGAGGGCAUGGAAUGGGGGGCAUGUGUUGUGCCACUGAGGAUACCUUUUUCUACGUCAUUCUUUUAAAGACUGAUGGAUCAAGGACAUCACACCACCCAGCUUUAUAUUCACUUGUAUUGUUGUUACAUCUAAAAUACAUCACUGCAUUUUAUGGCUUAGUA